UACGUAUACGCAAAUGGCAAAUAGAUGUAUUAAUGUGUAACAAGAUAUGAACAAAUAGCUCGAAACUUCAAUGCAAAUAACUAACUCAAACAGCCAAGUCGAAGCGCACUGAGAGCGCCGAGAGCCAGGUGAGCAACGGAAAAUGUCAAAUAAACAAAGUUGGCCCGGUGCCCGCCAGGUAAACACACUCGCAGUGCCCAUCAAAUGGCUCCAAAGCAAACAGCGCUCAAUCACACACACAGGGCUCGAAGCCAAAGAAGAAGAAGAAGAAAAAGAAGAAGCAACAGCAGCAGUUGAAAUAAGUGCGAAAGCUAAAGUAAAGUCAAAACCAGUGCAAUACCAAGCGACUGGCCGAUCGGAGCUGUCCACAGUCAGGUUUACCAGCAAAUAAAGGAAAAUAAACCACUUCAAGAUGCAGAUCAAGGCAGCGCUGAUGCAGACGCUGCUGUUACUUCUGUUGCUUUCGCCGGCGGCGCUGCAGGCGGCUGUGGUGCCCCUCGAGCUGGACGAGACGAGCAAUGCCAUCGGAAUGGAUACGAAGGAGAUUGGCUAUCUGGAGCUGAAGCCGAAUGGCACUUUGAUCUUGGAGCAUCCACAGAAUCAGAGUGGCGGCGAUAUACAAAAUUUCCUGCUAUUACGCAGCGUAUUGCAAGCCCUGAAGCUGCACUCAAACCAGGAGCACGCGAAACUCAACAUCAAGAUGUACGGCGAUGGUGUGGAGCACAAGUUUCCGCCGCUGCUGGAGAGGAUAAUACAACGCAUACAAACCUUUUUCUCCAUCUAUCGCCAUACGGACACCAGUCAUCCCGUGCGCAAAGAUGAGGUAACCACUGUGGCGCCUCAAAUUGUGGCAAGUACGGUGAAGGCAAUAAAGCCACAGACAAAACCAACAAAACCAACGACRACG